AUGUUCCAAGCCUCCACUCCAGCAUUUGUAUCUUGUCAGUCACGAUCACCGCCAAUGGAUGACACGAUCACCGGGUCCGAGAUUACGAUCAUGUCUACUGGUUUGAAUGGAGAGUCAAAAGCUCGCAAGAUGAGAGCUUCAUGUGACGCUUGCUCUCGUGCGAAGGUCAAGUGCGACAAAUUGAGACCGACAUGCCACCGAUGCGGCACUAUGAACAUCUGUUGCAACUACUCGCCUUCUAUGAGACUGGGGAAACCACGCAAGAACAGAAAUGUCGACGGAUUUAUCAAGCGCGACAUAUCACCCGCAGGCUCCUAUGGACCUCUUGGGGCUAGAGUGGAUCUACUGCCACGCACCGCACCUCAUACAUACGAAAGCUCUCCGGAGCCGACAGACCCCUUCUAUUUCGGUCCCCGUACCCCAGAGUACCACUACCAAGAUGCAUUCGUAAGCAACACGUUCGAUGGUGCCCAGUCUUCUGUAUGCUCGGAAGGUACCAGCUCGCAUGUCAAUGCCUGGUCGAACGGCAACCAAAUGUUGUUUGCGCAUCAAGCGGAUAUGUUUGCCCCCGUGCCGCAGUAUCCUCCACCACACACAACUUUCCGUGGGCAUGUACGAUCAACUAGUGUCCAAAGCCAACCCGAGAUGCUCACAUCGCUGGAUCCAGCGCAGACCUCAGUAGCUUUUAGUCAUCAGUUUCUGGACGUGCGAGGAUCAAAUGAUGCACGGCAAGAGAAGAUGAUGGCUUCCCCGCUACCUAUGGUAUCCGCUCCUUUGCCGACCCCGUCAGCUUCCAACAUGCUCACGAGCCACGACUGUACCCAAUUCGCAUUCCAAAUACUAUACAGUCUUUAUGUUCCGCGUAAGGCUCAGUCCGCUGCUGGCGACUUCAAUUCGCUUGACGGCCUUCCUACUUUAGAUUCAGUACUCUCAAUCAACACAGCAGCUGUUGACAAACUUUACACGCUAUUGAGCUGCGGUUGCUCAUUAAACCCUCACUUCUCCGCGACAAUCAACUUGACCAUCAUGAAAAUAUUAUCCUGGUAUCAAGCGACUGCAGGAGAUUGCCUGCAAGACGAACGCCAUUCCUGCGAGACUCAUUUCGAGAUUCUGUCGCAUCAAUACGUCUCGAACGGAACAACAGACUCUGAGAACGAGUACCCCUAUCGAACGAAUCAUGUUCUGGCAGAGCUUUGUAGGGUGGAAAAGCUGAUUGACAAGUUCUCCGAGCGCUACUGCAACCCGGCCGGUAUCGCCGAGACAGGCAUUGAUUGCGGCGUCUACGUGGCUAUGGAGGCCUCGCUUCGGAGUCGCGUACGCGAAACUUUUAGGAUCAUUAUGGCAGCUGCCCCGGAGAACGUCAAGCGCCAGAUAGCAUCUCGAACGCAGAAUCGUUUGCGCGUCAAUACCGUGUAA